GACCCCCCUCGUCCCAAGGGGAGGUUCGUCACAGAUUGAUCGACGAGCGCACCACUUGGGAACUAAGCCGCCGGGGUCAGGCUGUCAGGGUUCUCCGCCCUGGCCCCGAUUAGGAUUGCGUCUGGACUGGAGAUCCGGAAAUAGUUAUCGUGUCCGUGAUUGUGGUCCCUUUCUUGCCUGGUGCUCGGUCGUGCCUUGUUCGUUCGUAUUCCCGUGUCGUGUCUUGUCUUGUCUUGUCUCUCUCUUAAAAUUUAAGCCUAGGUAGUUAACUAUUUCUCUACACACUCUUUUCGUAAACUUCGUUUCUGGUUUAAGCCUUACCUCAACCCGCCGUCGAUCUACCUAUCCGAGUUCUCUUCUGCGGCUGGAAAAGUGCAGGUCACCGCCUCGUUCUUUUUCUUCUCUUUUUCAACAUUCCUGGCUUGACGUCUGUUUUCUUCAUAACGUUCCUUCGACUAUUCAGUUCACUCUUUUUUAUUCUUCUUCUUCGUCUUCAAUUUUCGUUCUUUUUCGUUCUGAGCUAGACUCGAAUCACCUUCUUUCUACCAGCCAAGAUGCUUUCCACGACUCUUCUUCAGUCCCUUGUCCUGCUCGUCGCCGGCGCGAGUCUCUCGUCGGCAAGCCCCGUUUGGCCGCACUACUCGAUCGAUGGCGAGCACCUCGAAGUCCUUCACAUGAGAGCCUCGACGUCGGUGAAUCCCGCGGCGGUGUCGGGCGUAGAGUGCAUUGACCCAAAUAAAAACAUCGUGUUCCACGAUCAAAACGUAGCGGAACUUGCUAUCUGUGGAGGCAUCGCAGGAUCUAUCCAGAAGUGUGGUGGCGCGCCUACGACUACGACUGGUCGAUCUGGCAGUGCCGAGUUCAAGCUGAGCGCGGCGACAUCGGGUGCUACGAUCAACAUCUCCAAGGGCCGAUGGGAGCAAUGCGUUCGCGCAGCCAGGGCCGUCUGCCCAACAGGUAGCAUGAAGGGUACGUGUGCCGGCGGUGCGUCAAGCGGCAACGUGGACUUCACGCUCGAUUCGCCGUUGUAAAGGAGUGGACAGCCCAUCAGUCCGCAAUGUAUAAAAAGUAUCGGAAUCACUCGCAUUAUAAAGGACAUGGAGGAGGACCAAAAAGAGUUAUGCUUUUCUUUUGCAGAGAUCUGGCGGUAGGCGUAUGGACGUGUAUGGGGUCUCGGAUACCCUGGCGGACAUCGGGACUCGGGGCGUUUGACAGGUUAGGCGCGCAUAUCCCCUUUUUUCGUCUAUGCGGCGCCGUCGUGAACAUCGCUGCCGCGUUGAUUAGGUACCUACCUAGACAUGUACAAAAGAUAUACACACACAUAACCUUCACCUCCAGCUGAACUGGAGGGCUGGGCAGAAACAAAUAAACGCUGUAUAUAUAUCCUUCAACCAGCAAAACCCGUUUGAAUGCUGA